AUUACGAACAAAACAAUAUCCGGCGAGAAACAGAUCAGAGUGAGGAAAAGAGGGGAAAUGAAUCCAGAAUUUGAUACAUCUUUCAUCCAGAACCCCGACAGUCGACCGAACCCAAACAUUUCCGAGGCCGAAUCAAUCCCUCUCAUCGACCUCUCUCCAUUAUUCACAACCCCCGUUAACUUAACACCCCUGAUUUCAGAAAUCGAGGCAGCUUGCAGUAAUGUUGGGUUCUUCCAGGCCAUCAACCAUGGCGUACCGGCAGAACUCCUCCAGAGAGUUCAGUCGGCAGCAAAGGAGUUCUUCGCUCUGUCGACGGAGGAGAAGAGCAGAGUGAGGAGGAAUGAGGAGAGAUUUCUUGGGUAUUACGAUACGGAGAAUACGAAGAACGUUAGGGAUUGGAAGGAGGUGUUCGAUUUUUGUGUGAAUGAUCCUAUGACUGUUCCGACGUCGAGUGAAAGUGGGGAGACGGCGGUGCAGCAGAUUAGGAACCAGUGGCCGGAGAAUCCAGAGGGUAUGAGAGAUGCAUGCAUGGACUAUGCAAAAGCCGUCGAAGGCCUAUCAUUCAGACUGCUCGAGCUCAUCGCGAUGACCUUGAACGCACCCGCCAAGCGACUGAACGGCUACUUCGAGGACUCCAUCAGCAGAAUCCGCCUCAACCAUUACCCUCCGUGCCCGUCCCCUGACCUUGCCCUCGGCGUGGGACCGCACAAGGACCAAGGAGCUCUCACGGUCUUGGCGCAGGACGACGUUGGUGGCCUCGAUGUCAAGAGGAAGUACGAUGGCCAGUGGGUCCGCGUCAAGCCCGUUCCUAACUCGUACAUCAUCAACAUAGGGGAUCUCAUCCAGGUUUGGAGCAACGACAAGUACGAGAGCACGGAGCACAGGGUAUCAGUGAACUCAGAGAAGGAGAGGUUUUCGAUCCCGUUCUUCUUAUAUCCUGCGCACUACACAGUGAUCAGGCCUGUAGAGGAGCUUGUGAGUGAGGAUAAUCCUGCUAAAUACAAUGAGUUCAACUGGGGCCAUUUCUUCCGGUCACGAAUGAGCAGCAAUUUUCAAAAGCUGGGAGUAGAAAAUCAGCAGAUAUAUCAUUUUAGGAAGAAAACCUAAAAGUCCUAUUAACAGUUACUGUUUGUAGGUGCUUGUGUGAGUCGUACGCCGAAUAAAGAUGUGUGUGGAACG